AUGAGCCCUGGGCCAGGCCUGGCGGUCGUCGGUACCUCUGGCGGCCCAGGAGUCCCGAAGACCUGUGACUCCAACGCACAGACUUGUGCCCUUCGAGACGCUAACCUGGCGAAGGCGCCCUUGUCCGCCGUGGAGAGCAGUCGUCGGGCAGUUGAAGACCAGCUAAAGAUAUCUGGACACAAGAGGGAUGUUGAUGUCUUGGAGCUGUUCCUUUCUCGAAAGGAACUCACAGAAGUAAUUGAUCUUUCUAGGUUUAGAAAACUAAAAUAUUUAUGGCUUCAUCAUAACAAGCUCCAUGGGAUAGCAUUUCUAACUAAAAACUAUUGUCUGACAGAACUAUAUCUAAACAACAAUGCAAUAUUUGAGAUAGCAGGCCUGCACAGUUUGCGUUCUUUGCAUAUCCUCAUGCUACACCACAAUGAACUAACAAACAUUGAUGUAACAGUGAAGGAAUUAAAGGGAAUGCUGAAUCUGAAGAUCCUAAGUCUCUACCAAAACCCUUUGUGCCAAUAUAACCUGUACCGUUUAUACAUAAUCUACCAUCUUCCCGGAGUGACACUGCUUGACCGAAAUCAAGUUACAGAAAAAGAAAGAAGAUCAAUGAUUACCAUUUUUAACCAUGAAAAAGCACAUAUUCUCCAAUCAAUUGCAUUUGGAGGAAAGGUAGAUGCCUCAUGGAAUCCUACAUCACCAUUUAAACAAAAACCAACCCAGAGCGUACCCUCAGAUUUUGCAUUUGCAAAUAAUGUAGACAAAACUGUGUUUAAUGACCUAGAAGAUGCUGUUUUUGUAAGAUCCAUGAAGAGAUCAGUGAUGGCUAUUACCUCUAUGAACUGGGACUCAGUUCCAACACGAGAUGAAAAAUACCUUGAAGAGAAAGGCACAGAACCUGCUAAAAUGCUCACAAUUACACUGAGAUAACUCCUGGUGUUUCUAGAAAUCAUAAUGGUUCUCAGUUGUAUAUUAAACUUUCCUGUGAUUUAGCAUAUUAUAUAUUUAUUAUGAUAUUAUUUGAGACAUUUAAAUGUAAAUGAAAACACUAACAAUGACAAUUCCUACAUUUUAUUUUUUAAUGUAAAGUUUCUGUUGAAGUAAAACAUGUAUACAGAAAUGUAUGCAAAUCAUUCAAGUGUUCAGCUCAACAAAUUUUAAAAAACUGAACAUGCUUAUGUCACCAGCACUCCAGAUCAAGAAAUAGAGUACUGUUAGCACUCUAGGAGCCCCUCAUUCCUGUCACCAGCCAUUACCCACUCGUCAAAAGUAAUCACUGUCCUGAUUUCUAGACCAUAAAUUAAUUGUGUUAGUUUUUGAAAGGUAUUUAAAUGAAAUCAUAGAAGCCUUUGUGUCUGACUUCUUUCAAAUGACGUUGUAAGAUCCAUCCAUGUUGUAGCUAGUAGCAAUAAUUCUGUCAUUCUCAUUGUUAUAUAUUAUUCCAUUGUAUGAAUAUACCAUGAUUUUUUUUAUCCUGUCUACUGUGUUUUUAUUCUCGCCUCUAAAGGCAUUUGCCAAUUAUGAGUGUGGGCUAAUGAUCUGGGCUUGGCCCAGCCAGAAGCCUGCUGCUAGGGGAAAGAGAAACCAGAAAAGCUUUUAACAGUUGCCUGGUGCUGAGUGACAGAACUGGUCAUUCAAGGUAACUCCAAGACCUGGCUGGUUUUCCCAGAAGACAUUUGCUGAAUUCUGAAGCUGGGUAGGAGGCUAAUGAGCUAGAUCAAAAGCAUGUGAAAGGCAGAGUGACUUUUCCCUCUAUAUGGUGGUGCUUAGGAAACAUAGCCACUGUAGAAGUGGGACUGAAAUAAAAACAGGCAAGAGAUGAAAGCCCUACAGGGAGUAGUGAAUUGACACUGAGAACCUGGAGGCACUUACGGAUCUAGGGAAUAUCCACUACAGCCAAUAAAACCAUGGCUUUCUUUGGAGGUCUGUUACUUUAUAGCUGCAGAGAUACUACAUAAUUCUUAACAUAUUAAAUAUGUACUGAGUAGUAGUUAAGACUGCAGUCUUCACUGAGUCCCAGCUGUGCACUUGUGGGCACGUUAGGUGACCUCUUUACAUUUCAGCUUUGUCCUCAUCUAUGCUGUUACUGUUAAUUGCUGUCGAUUGGACUCUGACUCAUGGCGCUCCAUGUGUGCACAGAACUGCUCCAAAGGGUUUUCAAGGCUGUGACCUUUCAGAAGCAGAUCCUCAGGCCUGUCUUCCAAGGCAUCUCU